AUGCAAGCCCUGCCUAUCAGUGGAGGAGAGCAAUGCAUUGGAUUUGCCAUCAAUGGAAGCGAGUUUGAAAAGCCAGAGAAUAAUCCAGCCAUCACUUGUUCCUUUCCAGUCGAGAAACUUGAUCUGAACUAUUUCACCGGUCCCCUACCAGCAUUCAUCGGCAAUAUGUCUGCGUUGACAGUAUUGUCAAUUGCCCACAAUUCAUUCUCUGGGCCCAUCCCCAAGGAGCUUGGAAACCUUAAGGAGCUAACUAUGCUGUCCUUUGGAUCAAAUAAUUUCUCCGGAACACUCCCUCCAGAACUUGCAAUCGGUUUAUUAUUUUCACAGUUACAUGGACAGCUGUGGACUCGGUGGAGAAAUUCAUUUGCUAAGCUCAUCAACAUGAAAAUCCUCUAUGCAUCAGACAAUCCUUCCUUAGGAAAGAUACCUUCUUUCAUUGGGAAUUGGAGAAAACUGACUUCUUUAGAUUUGUCUUACAACUAUUUCUCAGGAAGCUUUCCCCGAUGGGUAACCACAAUAUCGCAACUUCUUCCUGGAUUGAAUUGCCUCCCGAGGAAUUUUCCAUGCCAUCGAAGUACCCCACGAUAUGCGAACUUCUCAAUCAAGUGUGGAGGACCACAAAUGAGAGGAAAUGAUGGCAUAUUGUAUAAGGCUGAAGACUCAGCUCUUGGCCCAGCAACAUUUAAUGUAACCAGUACACAGAAAUGGGCUGUUAGCAAUGCGGGUUUUUCUGAUAAUUUGAAUCAAUCAUUUGUGGAAACCACCCUUACGCAAGUCUCCGGUGCAGAUUUGACACCAGAGCUUUACAAGACUUCAAGAGUGUCCCCAGGUUCACUGAGAUACUAUGACCUGGGUCUUCAAAAUGGACCUUAUACUGUCUCAUUGCAAUUUGCAGAAACGGUUUUUGCUAGCCGCGAUACACAAACGUCACAAAGUCCAGGAAGGCGUGUAUUUGAUAUCGAUAUUCUAGGGUACCUCAGAAGGAAGGACUUCGACAUAUCGAAGCAGGCAGGUGGGGUUAACAGAGCAGUUCCAAGACCCUUCAAGGUUAAUGUGACAGAGAAUUACCUGGAUAUUCAUCUGUUCUGGGCUGGUAAGGGAAUAUGUUGCAUACCUGAACAAGAUCUUACACCAACUACUCCAGGAAAGAAGAGCAGGACUGGGUUGAUAGUUGGUAUUGCAGUCCCUGUCGGAUUUUAUAUAUGCGGAGAAAAACAUCAGAAAAAGAUGACGAUGAAGGGUACGCUUUCUGAUGGGAGGGUAGUGGCUGUGAAGCAACUUUCAGUAGCAUCUCACCAAGGGAAGAGUCAAUUUGUUACUGAGAUUGCUAUGAUAUCUGCAGUCCAACAUCGCAAUCUAGUGAAAUUGUAUGGAUGCUGCAUUGAAGGAAGCCACCGCAUUUUGGAAGAAAUGACUUGCACCUUUACUGCCCGACCCGCUUCAAUAUAUUGUUGGGAACAGCCAGAGGACUUGCUUACCUUCAUGAGGAGUCAACGCCCAGAAUUAUACAUCGAGAUGUCAAAGCAACUUUAUGAUAACGAGAAAACACACAUGAGCACCCGGGUUGCAGGCACAAUGUAA